AUGGAUCGCAGCGGCGGCCCCGGCGGGGGCAGCGGCGACCGCGGGCAGCAGCAGCAGCAGCCGGAGGAGGGCAAGGGGCCGCCUCCCCCCGACGUACCCGGGCCCGAGGGGGGCCCCAAAAUGGGCGCCGCUCCCUGCCGCCGGCCCCCGCUGCACUGCAACGGCAUGAGGUACAAGCUGCUGCAGGAGGGGGACAUCCAGGUGUGCGCCAUCCGGCACCCCCGGACGUUUCUCAGCAAGAUCCUCACCUCCAAGUUCCUGCGCCGCUGGGAGCCGCACCACUUGACCCUGGCGGACACCGGCGUCGCCUCGGCCACGCCAACUGGGUACAUGGAAAACUCCAUUUCCUACAGUGCUAUUGAAGAUGUUCAACUGCUGUCCUGGGAGAACGCCCCUAAGUACUGUUUACAGCUCACAAUCCCGGGGGGUACUGUCUUACUGCAGGCUGCAAACAGUUACCUGAGGGAUCAGUGGUUCCAUUCUUUGCAGUGGAAGAAAAAGAUUUACAAGUACAAGAAGGUGCUCAGUAACCCCAGCCGCUGGGAGGUGGUGUUGAAGGAGAUCAGGACGCUGGUGGACAUGGCGCUGACGUCUCCGCUUCAGGACGAUUCCAUUCACCAAGCCCCACUGGAGAUUGUCUCAAAACUGCUCUCAGAGAACAACAACUUAACCACUCAAGACCAUGAGAGCAUUAUUGUGGCAAUUGCACCUUUGCUGGAAAACAACCAUCCUCCUCCUGACCUCUGUGAAUUCUUCUGCAAGCACUGCCGAGAGCGCCCACGGUCGAUGGUUGUGAUAGAAGUGUUCACGCCAGUGGUACAGAGGAUUCUCAAACACAACAUGGCAUAUUUCACCGCCUUCACUGAGUCUCUCCUUUUUGGACAGGAUUUUGGGAAAUGCCCUCGGUUGCGUCUGUUUACUCAGGAGUACAUUCUGGCUUUGAAUGAGCUGAAUGCUGGAAUGGAGGUGGUGAAGAAGUUUAUUCACAGCAUGCAUGGUCCGACUGGACAAUGUCCCCAUCCCAGGGUCCUGCCAAAUCUCGUGGCUGUCUGCUUAGCAGCCAUUUAUUCAUGUUAUGAGGAAUUUAUCAACAGCCGAGACAAUUCGCCGAGCCUGAAGGAAAUUCGGAAUGGCUGCCAGCAGCAGUGCGACCGAAAGCCUAAUCUCCCCCUCCGCCUUCUUCACACGAGUCCUGACCUGGUCUCUCAAGAGGCCACCUUGACUGAAUCGCGGCUCAAACCAGUCAUCGUCACUUCGAACGAGAUCCACGUGGAAGUGGAGCGCAACAACACAGCUAACCAGAAGAUGACAGCCAACGUGGGCAAUGACAGCGAGCCCAACCUGAUCGACUGCUUGAUGGUCAGUCCCACCUGCAGCACCAUGAGCAUUGAGCUCAGCGCCCAGGCAGACAGGAUCCUCGGCUGCUAUGUCGAAAUACUCAAGAUGCUGUCAGACUAUGAUGACUGGAGACCAGCCCUGGCCAGCUUGCUUCAGCCAAUCCCGUUUCCCAAGGAGGCGCUUGCACAUGAGAAAUUCACAAAGGAGCUGAAAUACGUGAUUCAGAGAUUUGCAGAAGACCCGAGACAAGAAGUCCACUCAUGUUUGCUGAGUGUGCGGGCUGGCAAAGACGGCUGGUUCCAGCUCUACAGCCCUGGAGGAGUGGCGUGUGAUGAUGAUGGAGAGCUGUUUGCCAGUAUGGUUCAUAUUUUAAUGGGAUCCUGCUAUAAAACAAAGAAGUUCCUGCUUUCACUGGCUGAAAAUAAAUUAGGACCUUGCAUGCUACUGGCUUUGAGGGGUAACCAGACGAUGGUAGAGAUUUUGUGUUUGAUGCUGGAAUACAACAUCAUCGAUAAUAAUGACACGCAGCUCCAGAUCAUCUCUACCCUGGAAAGCACAGACGUGGGAAAGAGAAUGUAUGAACAGCUGUGUGACAGGCAGAGGGAGUUAAAAGAGCUGCAAAGAAAAGGUGGUCCCACAAGGUUAACACUGCCAUCCAAGUCCACAGAUGCAGACCUGGCCCGCUUGCUAAGCUCGGGAUCUUUUGGAAAUUUGGAAAAUCUCAGCCUGGCCUUUACCAAUGUAACAAGUGCUUGUGCCGAGCACCUCAUUAAACUGCCUUCACUCAAGCAGCUGAACCUGUGGUCAACUCAGUUCGGGGAUGCGGGGCUGCGGCUUCUGUCGGAACACCUCACGAUGCUGCAAGUGCUCAACCUGUGCGAGACGCCCGUCACGGACGCUGGGCUGCUGGCGCUUAGUUCCAUGAAGAGCCUGUGUAGUUUAAAUAUGAACAGCACCAAACUUUCAGCAGAUACCUACGAAGAUCUCAAGGCUAAACUGCCCAACCUGAAAGAAGUGGAUGUUCGCUACACCGAAGCGUGGUGAACUUUCCCUGCCUCCAACUCUCUCUUUUGCUUCUGACAGGAAGGAAAAGAGUUUUAAAACAAACAAAGAAAAACAAAUCGGAAAAAAAUAACUUUUGGCUAAUAUCUGUAGAGCAGUGAGUGCUGGGACUUGGUGGUAGGAGUCGUGGUAUGAGGUGGAGGAAUUGUGUGUGUCAGGGGACAGGGAAGGCCUGGACCUGGCCGAAUUCUUGCAGCUUUGUGAUUUCGGAAUCAACAUAAUUUAAAUUGAAAAGGAGAGAAUUUAAAAAAAAAAAAAAAAGAGGAAAAAAGAGGACUUUGUAGCAGCAAGAGGAAUAUAAAGAGGAAAAAAAACACCUUUGUGGAUUUUAUUUGCCUUUGUGUUUUAUGCCGUGUGGAGAAAAAAAAAUAUUCAUUUGUCAUUAUUUACCUGGGUUUCCUUGGCUGGCACAGUCCGAACUCCUCUUUGACCAGUUUUGCUCCAGAAAAUCAAACUUACAAAAAUCUCAAGAGAAGAAAACCAAAAGCGGUCUGAUUUUCACCCCCCCUCACCCUGUGUCCUCUCAGUUGUUAUGCAAAGUAAUUUUGUUGUACAUAAGAUUUACAUAAUGCACCUAUUUAAGAAAAUGGUUCACAAAUAACAGGUCUGGGACCUGUCUUUUAUUUAUGAAUUGUUAAUUCUUUUACCCUUUUUUGCGUAUAGUACUGUAUAAACUAGUUUGCUGUCUUGUUGUUAUUAUUAUUUUUUUUAAAGGAAAUGUCCUCGAAGAAUUGCCUUUUAGUAAUGCAGACUGUAUUAUACUCCCUCUGUCACCACAUUCAUCGCUUGUCUUUUUGAUUUCAAAAUGCCUCAAAUGUUAUUAAAUAGGAAGGAAAAUAUCUAUCAUAGGUAUGGUUGUUGGGGGAGGGGUUGCAGAGAUUAAUAAAAAUGAGAUUUCCUUCCGAAGUCUGGAAAACUUUCUUUAAGUCUUUUAAACCACAUCAGAUUUAAACAUGGGUGAUAGGGAAAAUUUGUCACUUAUUUUGCCAAUGGGGUAAUAACAAAACUCUGUCAAUUUCACAAAUUGCCUCUGUUGUUUUCUGUUUACGUCCGAUAUUUCAAAAAGUGAAAAAAAAGCUCUCCCUCCAUUUUUUUUGUCUCCCUACAUUUUUUUUUUUUUUUUUUGCCUUUUCCUCUUCUCCGCCCUUCCCUCCCUCCCCCUACCUGUUCUGUGCACGCAUUGUUCUGCAUGUUCCUCUGGGGAGGCUGCAAACAUAGCCUCGUUGCUGAUCUGAUAGCUCUGACCUGUCUGUAAAUGUGACUGCUACGUUUUUUCAAAUUUUCUUCCACAAUUGCUUAGAAGAUGAUUUUUUUAAAAUUGUGGUUUCUUUUAUAACUAUGCUGUUGACUUUUGUUUUUUCAUAAUGAGCCUUCAUUGUACAGAGCUGCUUAUUUAAAAAGAAAAAAACAAAAACAAGUUUUUCCUCAGUUUUAACACCUUUAUUUUAUUCUUCAGCACCUCAAGGUUUCACAUACAGCCAAUGUAAUUUUUUAUAUAUAAAUAUAUAUAUAUUUAAUCUUAUUCAAUGGAAGCCAAGCUUUUUUUUGUUUUUGUUUUUAAACUUUGUUGCUAUGUAGACAACCCCUAACCAAAUCAUGUUCUUUUUUUCUUUUUUUCUUUUUUUCAUUUUUUAAAUAAAUAAAAUGGAAAUUGAGUCUUAACUCAUGUAGUGUGCCAGGUUUUUUUUUUUCCCCUUCAAAUCCCAAACUGUAUGCAGAUACAGUAUGGGAAGAAAGAAGAAAAAAAAAAUAAAAAGGAAGAAAAAUUAUGCCAACAUUUUCCUUAGCACUGUUGCUUUUACCAAUGGUUUACUACUACUGUUCUGUAGCCGUGUACAAAGAGAUGUGAAAUAAUUUCAGGCAAAAAUAAACUGUAAGUGACUAUCUUU